AAUAGCCUUUUUAGUGACUCCGUGGAUUCAGCUGCUAGGACUACAAAUUCAUCAUAGGGAACUCAAGGUACUUGGAAAUUAAAGCUUCAUUCACAGAGUAAUGUUGAUUCGAACUGUUUGAGGGAAAUUGCCAAAGAGACAUGGUUGUGAUUGUAAUUGGAAUUGAUAAUUAAUCUGCCAGUUGUUAUAAUCUGAUACAAACAGCAAUACUCCGUGCCCUUAUCUCAGUCUCUAUUCAAAAUGGUUUUUUUGAUGCGCUCGUACAUAUAUUUGAACAAGCACAUCAUUCUGUCUCUAAUUAACACUUUCAGACAGUGUACAAGCGGUCAUAAGAAUUAUAAAUUCUGUAUAAGAUGAAUUUUUUUACGCAAGGGUUUUGUUUCCAUACAAAAGAAAGUACUUAAACCACAGGAGGUAAAUUGUUCUUCAUGUAGUUUUCAUGUUCAUUGUUCCAAGUGAAUGGUUUUUCGUUCAAAGCAAGGCAGUCAUUUUCAAAACUCUUUAGUGUUGUUUCGUAACUUGCCGACUUAACUUGUGGCGCUGUAACUCGUCGAAAACUUUUUUCCUUUUGCAAUUAACACACAAUGAACGAUAGUGAAGACAACGGCGUAGAUGACCGCUCCUCGCUGUCUGAGGAAGAAUACGUGGCUGGAUAUCAGAUGUACGAUAUAUUUCUGAACGCUGCCAUUGCGGUUCGACUUCUCUUGGCCUUCCUGGGUGUCAUUGCUAACUGUACUGUAUGUGGUGUUCUUCUCCGACAGAAAAGAUUAACGAAGAACUUUUCGAACUUUCACCUCUUCAAUAUUGCAUUAACUGAUAUAGUUUUUAGAGUAGCUCUUACGCCAGUGCUUGCUACCAUUGAAAACACUGCUGUUGAACAUGGCAACAACGCAAUUUGCAAGCUGGGCGCGUUUUCCUCCUACACCACAUUGGCCGUAACAUUCGCGCUGCUUUUAGGAAUGGCUUUCGAUCGCUAUGUACAUAUUGUUCUUCCUAUUAAGGCAAGGAAAAUCACAUGGAAACACAGCCGAAAUGUUGUGGUGAUUUCAUGGCUGUACGCGGCACUUUGUUCAUCGCCAAUCCUGUUCAGUAUGAAAUACACUAAAUUGGAUUGGAAUCUGACGGACAGGUCAGUAUACGAGAUAUGUCUUCCCAUUUUGGGCAUUCCAUCUCAAGUUUCCUCCACUGUGUUUCUCGUGUUUGCAUUUUUAAUCCCUUUAGUUCUUAUGGCUGUGGCAUACAGCAAGGUUUUGAAAAGUCUCUGGCAGCACGCGCGAAGUAAAGUGAUCAAUUCAAAACUAGCCGAAGCAAAGGUUCGAGCCGUUAAAAUGAUGGUCAUUAUUGUAUUGGCUUAUUCCAUCAGCUGGGGUCCACGACUGAUUUGGCUUUGCCUUCAAGCUUUCGAGGUUAUUUCUCUGGAAGACGAUUAUUUCUGGGAGGGAGAAGAAAUUUCCUACGAAUCCCAAAUAGAAGCGCAGAAAUACUACAUAAAGUUACUAAUCAUUGACGAUAUCAUAGAUGCGUUUACAUUUACAAGUUCGAUUCUUAAUCCCGUAAUCUUUGGUUAUUACAGUAAGUCUUUUCGAGAAGAUCUCAAGAAAUGUUGUUGUGGAGGAAAGUGUUUUAACAUUUUUCAAAAAUGCAAGCACAAGGCAAAAAAACCGAAAAAAGUUGAAAAGAAAACUGUCCGUUUAGUUGAAAUAAUGAAAACUACCGAAAUUGUCUUGAUGGAAGAAGACAACACGAGAGCUGUUGGAAAUAGUUACUCGUUAGAAAACGGAGCAGUAAUUACAGAAGAUUGUCUAGAAACGAAGUUGUAAAAUGCGAAAGAUAUUGUGUUUAUGAAAAAUGUAAUUGUGCGGUCUGUUUGAAGAACGUUAACUGGCGAUCAUUGUUUAAUUUAUACGCAGCGCAGGCUGUUUAAGCCGCAGGCAGGCUUUUAAUGACAUUUUAAUCACAUUUGAAUUAUGCAUUAGUUAAAGAGGUAGGUAGCGAACACUUACCUCAGAAGUAAUCAUCACGAUUAGAUAAUUGAAAAUCGAAAAAAUAAAGUUUUUAGUAGAAAA